AUGGCCACGCCGAAUAGAAAUCAAUUCAGACUUCCAGACUUCCAGGCUAUAUCGAAAUUGCCCCUACUCCUGAACCCGCUGUAUAACCUCAUGCGCGUUGAGUCGACAAUGUGGCUUGAACGCCUCGCUGCAUACGCUUAUCCCACCGCAGCGCACCCGGAGCUGCGCACCAUCUGCGACCUUACGAACUGCAUUUUUGUGUUCGACGAAAUAACUGAUGAGCAAACUUUCGACGAGGCACAGCACACAGCGGCGUCGUAUCUGGGUGGCCUUGCGGGUGAAGCUUGCGACGGCUCAGUCAUCUCUCAGAUGACAUGCGACAUAGGCGAACGACUUCGGGCGCGAUUCGGACCAAAUGCAUUCCGCCGUUUUCUCGAACAUAGCGAACAAUAUGUCAACGAGGUUGUGAGGGAGGCUGGGCUACGCGAGCGUGGCGAAGUUCUCGGUCUGGAAGAGUACAAGCGCUUUCGACGCGCAACCAGCUCGAGCAGAACUCAAUGGGACCUAUACGAAUAUUGCUUUGGAUUCGAGCUCCCAGACGAGAUCGUGCGCGACCCCGUAUUUGUCCGUAUGUGCGACACCGCAGUUGACGUAGUCAGCUGGACAAAUGAUGCGCACUCCUAUGACAUGGAGCAGGCCAAGGGACUUUCUGCUGCGAACAUCCUCACCGUGAUUAUGAAUGCAAAGCAGCUCCCGCUUCAGGCUGCAGCCGAUUACCUCGCAGCAGAGUAUACAGCUAGCAUGGCGCAUUUCAUGACCGACAAGGCGGAGCUCGUGGGCCGUUCAUAUGGGAAGGCGAACAAUGCAAACCUGCUACUCUAUAUCUCCGGGCUCGAGGCAUGGAUCAGUGGGGUCAUCGAGUGGGAUUUUCUGUCAAAGCGGUAUUUUGGGGAGCGAAAUGAGGAAGUGGCAGAGACGCUGAUCGUUCCGUUGACCAUCCCGCAGCUCAAGGCUCACCUCUGA